GGCAUGCACCGAUGAGCUACGCAUGGAACAACAACUUUAGCUUCAACUUUCUCGGAGAGUGGCUUAUAGACUCUGUCUGACUCGUUUCUAUGCGCCUAGAAGAGGUUCGCGGUUCGGACCCUUUGUUUCUUUCUGCUUGCUGUGUAUCCUCUGGAACCCCUUCUUCUCUUCACACACGUGUUGCCCCUAUGAUCCUAGUACGACCUUUGGGGGCGUUCAUAUCAGACGCUCAUAUCAGACGCCCGUACCUCAGGAACAGUUAUAAGAUGCCCGACUGCGCUCGAACGCUCUCAGUUUGACCCACUAUUCAUCCCCUGGACAUGUCUUGGUUCCCACCUCCCAACCGUCAGCGUAACUAUUCUCCCGCUCCCCCAGCUCCUAUGCCGCCGCCUCCAGCAGCAGCGUGGAUGCCGCCACCCUCGCCUCCGCCUUUGCCUCCUUCCCCACCACCGAUGCCGGGUUCCUUCAAGAAGAAGAACAAGGGGCCGGUCGACAUCGAGAAAACCCAGGUUCAGGAGGAGCGUUUCCUGAGGCGUUAUCAGACUUGGGAUGGUUUCAUGCAGAAUUGGGUUCCUUACGACCCAACGGAGGAAGAGGUCGUUGUUCCUCGCUCCGAUCAUCACAAUUACUUCUAUCUGAACAUCCGCUACCCGUCGGAUGGCGGUAAACAAGAAUUUGUUCUGAGCGAGUUCAGCGAUAUACUAAGGGAUUACCUACGCGUGGUCAUGGGUGGUAAUUUCUUGAUGUACAACGUUGACCCUCAGACGAGUCUGGCCAAGUUUGUCUUUCACGUCGAGGACUUCAAGACGUCCAUUAAAGAUGCAAGGGAUGCUCUGUCUAAGCCAAACAUGGCCUAUGAAGCAUUGCAAGGGAUCGCGUACGAUGUAGGUUUCUGCGAAGAAUCAGAGGAGACAGCGCCUGCGGAAACGUAUCGCGACCACUUGUCGAAAGUCGUUGAGCAGCUGGAUGUGCUGUUACGAGUCGUGCAAAAGGAGUACGAAAACAUAGACGAAGAGCUUACUCUACAAACUUCUCAUGGACAAAUUGCCUAUCACCUUCUCGAGUACUAUUUCAAAAAAGGGUUGGAAUACGUCGCUGAAGGAAGCAAAGGCCACAUGAUUGCAUUUACGCUGACAAAUGCAUUUCAUACUGUUAGAAGCAAUGCCAAUGGAUGGGAUAACACCACGACCGAUCAACAGCAAUUCAUGAUUCAAGGGACAAGUUACGAAUGGAACGGUUACAGCUACGGGUCUUCGACCGUCUGCUAUUUGAUUGACAAAUACUGGGAAACGAGACCACUCUCUGUCUUGCAAUGCCAAAUUUUGACAGACGAUAUGCGAAGCACCCUCAAAGAACGGGGCCGCAAAUAUGUCGCUUUAUCUGGGUUCCAGUACAUGAUGUAUGACAAUUGCCGUGUUGUCGUCGAUAGGCGUGCCUGGGACCAGCAAAGUGGCAGCCCUAGAUUCGUGUCCACUUGUGACGCUAUUGAAGAAUUAUCCGAGGACAAACUCCACUUGCUGCCGUCCACAGUCUUUGGUUUCAACCUCAGAAAUAAGGCAUGGGACGAGUUUGACAUUUUCCAACUGAAGCCCAUCCAAUUUGAUGACAUGGCCUGGGAUCACCUAGUCCUGGAUCCUGACACGAAGCUACUCAUCAAGAGUCUUGUAUCCGCCACUGUCAACAAGAACAUAAACACCAAGAUCAUGUCAGAUGUCAUCACAGGCAAGGGCGGGGGCUUGAUCGCUGUGCUCCAUGGUACACCCGGUACCGGCAAGACGCUCACGGCUGAGGCAAUCGCAGAGCAUCUUAGGCGACCAUUGUAUGUUGUCAACUCGAUGGAGCUCUCAACCGAGCCUUUCGAGCUUGAAGAGAGACUCAAGAAGGUUCUCGAACUCUCUCACAUGUGGAACGCGAUCCUCCUUAUUGAUGAGGCAGAUGUGUUCUUGGAGCAAAGGAGCUUGAACGAGCUCGGACGCAACUCACUCGUCUCGGUGGCCCUCCGUCUCUUUGAGUACCACAAGGGCGUUCUCUUCCUGACUACCAACAGGAUCCAAACCUUCGACGAUGCGUUCUUGUCGCGAUUCUCUAUUGCCAUCAAGUAUCCUGACCUCGACCACCCCAGCCGCUUCGCCAUCUGGCAGAAGUUCUUUGAGCUCGCAGAGGAUGCGGCGCACGAUCCCGUCAGCGAUGAUGAGAAGCAGGACUUCCAGGUUGAAGGCAUUCGAGGUCGGCCUCUAGUACCACUCCAGGAGAUCGACGAGCUCGCCAAGUACCCCUUCAACGGCCGCACUAUCAAGAACAUCGUGCGCACCUCCCAGGCGUUGGCCCUCUCUGCGAACGAGCCAUUGACUCCCAAGCACGUGAAGAUCGUCGUUCGUGCUCAAGAAAAGUUCAUGAACGAUUUUGCGGCCGUGAGAGGCGCUUGAUAGCCAACGCCUGGCUUGUAUCACCACAUGUACCUUUAGUGUUGUAUAAUAGUAUGCAUAGUCCUUGCAAUGAACAUCCUUCGUUUGCACAUUGUGCAUAUAAAGAACAA